AUGAUAGAUAAAGAAAUGGAAAGUUCAGAACUAGGAACUUUGGAGUACUGGCAAGACCGGUAUAAAACUGAAAUGAGGAACUUUUCCAGUCAUGGAGACACUGGAGAGGUGUGGUUUGGAGAUGAUGUUGUCGAUAGAAUAAUCAAUUGGAUCCGUUCAAACAUCCCUCAAAGCCAGAGUAUUGUGGAUGUGGGUUGCGGAAAUGGGCAUAUUCUUAUGGAACUGGCCCAACUCGGCUAUGAAAGUCUGACGGGGCUCGAUUACUCAGACGAAGCCAUUCAAUUGGCUAAGGCCAUAGCCGGUCAGCAAGGCUUGCAGAUAAAGUACCAAGUGAACAAUGCUGUUGAAGGACUGGGCAGUAUCUACGACGUGGUGCACGAUAAGGGAACGUACGAUGCGAUCAGCUUGAGCGAGAACUCUAAAGACGCCUGCCAUAAAUACAUCUCCAGCGUGAAAAGCGCCUUAAAAGAAAAUGGCCAUUUUCUGAUUACAUCUUGCAAUUGGACCCAUUCUGAGUUGGAGGAGCAAUUCAAGGCCUUCUUUGCACUGCACACCAACAUCCCUACAACACAAUUUAAAUUUGGGGGCAAAAUUGGAAGCGUUGUUUCAAUUUGCGUAUUUAAACAUAGUAAAUAAGGCUUAAACAGUUUAAA